AUGUUAAAGGAUCCGAUAGAAUUCGUCGUCGGAUUAGUCGACCUAGGUGGUUGUGGUCAUUCCGAUCUCAUUGAGCAGUACGUAAAACAUACGAAAUGUCCUUUUCCAGUAUAUACUGAUCCCACGCAAAAGAUUCAUGAAGCUUUUGAGCUGCAUCGAACGUUAAGUUUCGGGAAGAACAAGCCAAAUUACAUCAAAUCAUCAUUUUUUUCCAAUGUGGCCAAAUCAGCUAUAUCUCAAAUGGCCGCUGGAUCAGAUAUGUUCAAAGGUGGUGAUAUUCAACAAGUGGGCGGUGAAUAUCUGAUCAACAAAAUGAUUCAUAUUUAUGGCCACACAAAAUGGAAGAUACAAGAGAUCAUGUGGAAAUUGUCGAAUUACGUAAGAUAUUGUCAAUGA